CCCUGGGGGGAGCUUGCAGCAAGUUGGCAGUCGGUGGUGGAGAAUGGCUGCGUCUCUUCACAUCCCUCAAAAUGAACUUUCCGAAGUCGACAUCUCCAGUGGAAAUGACAGCUUCGCGGUUGGUUCUAACUCGAGCGGGAUGUCCGGCUUCCAGCAGUGGAUGCAGAUCACCGAUCCCCAGAGAACAGCGCAAGGCCCCUGUCUGCCAAAGAACAGCGAAGCCAUUCCCCUCUCUCCGGUGUCACCCUCAACGUUAAUGCCAACGCAGCACUGGACGAAAGGGGCGAAUGCCACGGAAAAAGCGGCGAGAGCCCUAUAUAGUGGCGGAGGCAGGGACAGCCGGCCUGGAACAGCGAGUAUCGCUUGCAAGCGAACUUCAUCCAUUGUGGACGGCCUGUUGAUCGAACUGUAUGAUUCCUGCGCUUACAGCAGCAGAAGCAUUGACAGCGUGGAUAGUUCAACGGAGACCUCCAGCUCAGAUGCUUUUCUGGGAAGGAGUAAUUCUGGAUCUAUGUUCUUGCAAGAAUUUCAGGAACAGUACACAACAAAACAUCAGAUGCUGUACCUGGCACAGAAAGAUGUAAAUGAACUUAAGCGAAUUAUUGAAGAGCUGAAAUACAGAAUCGCCGUCCAAUCUGCAAAACUGGUUCGUCAAUUAAGGAGAAAAGACAACCUUUCACACAAAGUACAGAAGAAUAGUGAUAUUGUGACAGCAUGUUUGCAAGCAGUUUCACAGAAAAGGCGAGUGGACACAAAGCUGAAAUUUACCAUCCAACCAUCCAUGAACAAGCAUGGCUUCCAGCAGUGGUAUGAUGCUCUGAAAGCUGUUGCUAGGUUACCCACAGGAAUUCCAAAGGACUGGAGGAAAAGAGUUUGGCUGACUCUAGCAGAUCAGUACUUGCACAGUAUCUCAAUUGACUGGGAGAAAACUAUGCGUUUUGCUUUCAAUGAUAGAAGCAACCCCGAUGAUGAUUCUAUGGGCAUUCAAAUAGUGAAGGAUCUUCACAGAACAGGUUGCAGUUCUUACUGUGGGCAGGAGGCUGAGCAGGAUCGUGUGAUGCUGAAGCGAGUUCUUCUUGCAUAUGCUCGCUGGAACAAAUUUGUAGGCUAUUGCCAAGGUUUCAAUGUACUUGCUGCACUCAUACUGGAAGUGGUGGAAGGGAAUGAAGGAGACGCAUUGAAGGUUAUGAUUUACUUAAUUGACAAAGUACUCCCUGAGAGCUAUUUUGCCAAUAAUUUACGUGCGUUAUCAGUUGAUAUGGCUGUUUUUCGAGAUCUUCUGCGGAUAAAAUUACCCGAACUUUCCCAGUAUCUUGAUAAUCUUCAGAAAGGUGCCAAUAAGGAAAGUGCAGGUAAUUAUGAGCCUCCCCUGACGAAUGUGUUCACCAUGCAAUGGUUCCUAACUUUGUUUGCAACAUGCCUUCCUAAUCAUACUGUGCUACGAAUCUGGGAUUCUGUGUUCUUUGAAGGAUCUGAGGUGAUUCUACGAGUAGCCUUGGCAAUCUGGGCCAAACUUGGAGAAAGAAUCGAAAGCUGCCAAAGUGCAGAUGAAUUCUACUGCACCAUGGGAACACUGACUCAAGAGAUGCUGGAAGAUAGUCUGAUUGAUUGUAAUGAGCUGAUGCAGACUCUUUAUUCAAUGGCACCAUUUCCCUUUCCACAACUGGCUGAACUGAGAGAGAAAUACACUUAUAAUAUCAAUCCAUUUCCGGCCCCUGUCAAGUCUUCAGAGUCACAACGAACUCUCGGUAAAACAAAAGACAGUGAUGACGAGCUUGAUUUGGAUGAUGAUGAUGUAACAGCUUCUGCAAUUGGCUGCCUGGGACCAUUCAGUCUACUCGUACCAGAAUUGCAGAAAUAUCAAAAACAAGACAAAGAUCAGCAAGAUGAACAAAUCCUGAAGUCGAGCAACAUAGCCGAGCUCAGCCCUGGGGCGAUUGAUGCAAGCCGCAGUGAGCACCACUCUGUCUUUAACAGCAUGAUGAUGGAACGCAUGACAACUGAUAUCAAUGCAUUGAAACGACAGUACAUUAGGAUGAAGAAGAGGCAACAGCAACAACAAGCCCAUCUCAUCUUCAUUAAAGCAGGAACAGAAGAUGAAAUUAAUCCUGGGAUCAUCCCAGAUCCUAGGAACAAGCUGAAUAAUGCUAUUGAAAGAAGUGAAGGGCCAGUCAGCACCAUUCUCCCAUCACAGACCAAUCAGACUCCAAUGAUGAACCACUUACUUCUAGGGAAGAAAUUGAGAACUACUAACAGAAUCACCAGGAAUGCUGUAAUUCAUGUCCCUGGGCCAAAAACCUCACAGGAUGACAUGAAGUCGAAGCUCAAUUCUCCAUGGCGCACUCACAUUCGAGUUCAUCGGAAAAACCUAGCAAGGACCAAGAACCAGCUGAGCUACGGUGAUACCAUAGGACUAAUGGAGGAUCACAGUGACAUUAUGAAACGGAAAAGUAAUAAACCAGUAGAAGAAUCAUCUCUUAGCUCAACAGAAAACAAUGAAGCUGACAAGAAAAGUACCGAGGAUCGAAUAUCAGCACAAGCAGAUGGACAAUCUUCUGAUCCAGUUUACAGAGAUGCUAACGGCAAUGUCAAUGUAGUUCAGCACCAGCUAAAAAAACUAGACUUAAGCCCGACUGACACAACUGCAACUGAGCCUCCCAGUCCAUCACCAAGCCAAAGGUGCUCAUCUGAUUCUUCAGAUUCCGAGAAAGGAAUUUCGGAUCUAGGGCACAGAACUAGCACUUUGAAGAUUCAGACAUUCAACCCUUUUCCUAGUGUUAAACCUCCUAGAAAAUCAGCAGCAGCAAGAAAUUUAGGACUGUAUGGGCCAACUGAAAGGACCCCAACAGUCCAUUUUCCCCAUAUGAGCAAAAAGGUUAACAGCACCGGAAACAACAAACUAAAGGGGACCAGGAAAGAAUAAAUAAAUUAGAAUAAUUCUGUAAUGAUCAUUUUGGUAAUAAUUUAUUCUUAAAUUAAUAUGUUAAGACUUUUUUAAUUAUGUGCAAUGUUAGAAAACCUACUUUCUGCAAAUAACAGUUUUAAAAAAGUGGUUUGACAACCUAAGGUCAAAUUUUAAAGUAUUGUUGUAUGAAAUACAUUUUCCAGAAAUUGAAGACCAAUGUUAGAUGCACCUAAUGUGAUAUUUAUGGGCAACUGAAGGAAAACAAAACAAAGCAUGAAAGGUGAUGUAGUAUGAAAAGAUCUAAAAUUCUCAU